AUGGCCGACGUUGAAAAGAGCUUUUCUGAACCAAGGCCGCCGACGGAGCCUUAUCCCGCUGGCAAGAUCGAGAUAGACUACAUCGCGGAGAAGAAGCUUGUGCGGAAGCUUGACCUAUACAUAAUUCCAGUUGUGAUGCUAUUGUAUCUGCUCAGCUUCCUUGAUCGAGUCAACAUAGGCAACGCACGAUUAUACGGCCUAGAAGAAGACCUUAAUCUAACCAGCAACCAAUUCCAAAUCGCCGUCUCCAUCCUCUUCGUAACCUACAUCCUCUCCGAGCUCCCCUCGAACCUCGUUCUCAAGAAGCUCCGCCCCUCGCGCUGGAUCGCCUUCAUCACAACCGCAUGGGGCAUCGUCGCGACCCUGACCGGCGUGGUCCAGAGCUAUGGCGGCCUCAUCGCGUGCCGACUUCUCCUCGGCGCCGUCGAAGGCGGCCUCUUCCCCGGCAUGGCCGUCUAUCUGACAUUUUUCUACACGAAGCGUGAGCUCGCGCUGCGCAUUGGCUACCUCUUCGUGAGCGCCGCUCUAGCAGGCGCAUGUGGAGGCCUCCUAGCUUACGCGAUCGGCCACAUGGACGGUGUUGCGGGCCAGCGUGGCUGGCGCUGGAUCAUGAUUAUCGAGGGCCUACCGACCUUUGUGCUGGGGAUUGCGACAUGGUGGCUGCUGGCCGACAAUCCGGAGACAGCGUGGUACCUGACGCCCGCCGAAAAGGAGCUGAUGAUCUUGCGCCGGAGUCGCGAGGCGGGGCAGACGACCUCCGCACAGGAGUUCCACUGGAACGAUGUCCGGGCGGCCUUGAAGGACUGGAAAGUGUGGGCGUUCUGCUUCGCGCAGUUCGGAUCGGACACCAUGCUGUACGGCUUCAGCACCUUCCUGCCGACCAUCAUCCGCGGCAUCAAUAGAACCUACUCGAAUGCCAUCGUGCAGGUGCUGACCAUCCCGUGCUAUGCGGUUGGCGCCAUCACAUAUCUCAUCUUCGCCCGCUUCUCAGACAGGCAGCAGCGGCGCGGCUUGUACACCGUUCUUUUCGGGUGCGUAUCGAUCAUUGGCUACGCGCUGCUGAUGUCGGACACGCCGAGCGGGGUGCACUAUCUCGGGUGCUUCCUUGUGGCUCUGGGCCUAUACGUGUGCGUCGGCUUGCCGCUGGCGUGGCUGCCGAACAAUAAUCCGCGGUAUGGGAAGCGGACGACGGCGACCGGGCUGCAGCUCACUAUCGGUAACUGUAGCGGGAUUAUGUCGAGUUUUCUCUAUCCUUCAAGAGAAGGGCCACGCUAUCUCCGGGGCCACGCUGUUACGCUGGCGAUGGUCGCUUGGGCGGUUGUCGUGUACGGCUUCAUGUGGUGGUAUCUAGCACGUGAGAACAAGAAGCGUGCGAGAGGCGACUACGAUGACAAGAUCGCUGGCAUGAGCGACGAUGAGAUAGCGGAGCUGGGCGAUAGAAGUCCGAAGUAUGAGUAUACGAUAUAG